GCUAAUGUGAGAGCUAAAGCAACUAACUAAAUGGUUCUUCUCCGCAAAAGCAUUGGACUCUUCAAACGAUUCUCGACAUCCUCUGCUUCCGACAGGAAAACACAACUGACUCUGUUCCGAUCAGCCACCGAGAUCUCUUCGAUCCUCUUGCAACGACGCAACUGGGACACUCAUCUCCGCUAUGUCAAAUCCAAGCUCCCCAGAGCAACACUCACACCGCCUCUCUUCCUCCAGAUCCUCCGCGAGACUCGGAACUCUCCCAAAACCGCUCUCGAGUUCUUCGACUGGGCCAAAACCCAUCUCCGGUUCGAGCCUGAUCUCAAGUCUCACUGCCGAGUCAUCGAAGUUGCUGCCGAGUCAGGUCUGUUAGAACGAGCAGAAGCCCUCUUGCGUCCUCUCGUUGAAACGAACUCUGUGGCAAUACUCGUGGGAUCGAUGCAACGUUGGUUUGAAGGUGAAGAAGGUUCACUCUCUAUCUCACUUAGCUUAGCUCUCGAGUGUUAUUCCUUAAAGGGUAGUUACCAGAACGGCUUGGAAGUGUUCAGUUCGAUGAAAAGACUGAGACUUUCGCCUUCUCUUAGCGCUUACAACUCUCUUCUUGAUUCUCUCGUCAAAGAGAAACACUUUAGAGCGGCGUUGUGUUUGUACAGUGCCAUGGUUCGAAACGGUGUCGUCUCCGAUGUGUUAACUUACGAUUUGGUUGCUCAGGUUUUGUGUGAACACGGGAAACACAAGAGUGUUGUUAAGUUGAUGGAAACAGGUGUUGAAAGCUGCAAGAUUUACACCAACCUCGUGGAGUGUUACAGCAGAAACGGUGAGUUUGAUGCUGUGUUUAGCGUCAUUCGUGGGAUGAAUGACAAGAAACUGGAGCUGAGUUUCUCUUCUUACGGAUGCGUGUUGGAUGAUGUCUGCAGAUUGGGAGACGCUGAGUUGAUCGAUAAGGUUCUUGUUUUGAUGGUGGAGAAAGAUGAUUCGAUUGGGAAUGAUCAGAUCAUCGAAAGGCUCUGCGAGAUGGGGAAAACGUUUGCCUCUGAGAUGCUUUUCCAUCGAGCUUGUAACGCUGGAACGGUGCGUGAUCAGACGUAUGGCUCUAUGUUGAAAGCUCUGUCUAGAAAUGGGAGAAGAAAAGAAGCUGUUGAUGUGUACCGGUUGAUUUGUCGGAGAGGUGUCUCUUUACUUGAUGAGAGUUGUUAUAACGAGUUCGCAAAUGCUCUUUGUAUAGAUCAUGAUGAUGAGGAAGAACAUGAGUUGCUUGUAGAUGUUAUAAAGCGCGGUUUCGUCCCUUGUACACAAAAGUUAUCAGAAGUGUUAGCAGCAAUGUGUAGGAAAAGAAGAUGGAACCAAGCAGAGAAGCUUCUUGACUCUGUCAUGGAAAUGGAAGUUUACUUCGACUCCUUUUCCUGCGGGUUGCUGAUGGAGCGUUACUGCAGAACGGGGAAGCUGGAGAAAGCGAUGGAACUACAUGAGAAGAUAAAGAAGAUGAAAGGAAGCUUGGAUGUGAAUGCUUAUAACGCUGUUCUUGAUAGGCUUAUGACGAGGCAAAGAACCUUGGUGGGAGAAGCAGUCGGAGUGUUUGAGUACAUGAAAGAGAUGAGUACAAUGAACAGCAAGAGUUUCACAAUCAUGAUUCACGGGUUGUGUCGUGUGAAGGAGAUGAAGAAAGCUAUGAGGUAUCAUGAUGAAAUGUUGAAGUUGGGGUUGAAACCUGAUUUAGUAUCUUAUAAACGUCUUAUCUUAGGUUUUAAAUGAAACAUUUGGAUUGUGCACAAAA